AUGAGAGUGGGGGUUGGGAGUAUUUGUGUUUGUGUUGGUGGUGUGGGGGUGGUUUGUGUUGUGGUGGGGGGGGUUGUUGGUGGGGUUGUGUGUUUAGUGGGGUUUUUUGGAGGGUGUGGUGGGGUGUUGGGGGGGUGGGUUGUUGAGUGUGGGUGUGGUUUUUGUGGGUUGGGUUGGGGUGGGUUUUUGUGUGUUGUGGGGGGGGGGGGGGGUGGGGGGGGGUGGGGGUUAAGUUUAUAUGUAGUGGUGUUGUUGGUGGUUUGGUUGUUAUGGGGUGGUAAUGUUUUGUGGGGUAUUUGGGUGGUUGAUGUGGUGGGGUGGGGUGGGGGGGUGUGGGUGGGGGGUGGGGGGUGGGGGUUGGGUGGGUGGGUUUUUGUGGUUGGGGGUGGGUGGUGGGUGGGUGGGUGUGUGGGGUGGGGGGUGGGUGUGGUGGGGGGGGGUUGUUGGUGUUGUUGUGGUGGUAUGUUGGGUGGUGGUGUGGUUGGUGGUUUUGAGUUGGGGGUGUUUGUGUGGUAUGUUUGUAUUUUGGGGAGGUUUUGUUGUUGGGUGGGGUGUAGUGGAAGGGAUAUAAAUGGAUGGUGUGUAGAUGUUGAUGGAUGUGGUGGUUAUAAGAUGAGGGUUGUUGAUGGGGAAGGGGGGUUGGGUGGGUUUGGGGGUGGGGGUGGUGUGGUUGUGUUUUUGGUGGGGUGUGUGGUGUUUAGGAGAGAUGGGUGGGUGUUGGGAGGGUUGUUGGGGUUGGGGAGUUGGUUAUGGUUGUGUUUUUUGGGAGGGUGGUGUGGUUUGAUGGGUUGUGGGGGGUGUGGUUGGUGUGGUGGGGUUUGGGGGUGUUGGUGGGGGUGUUGGGGGGGGUGUGGGGGUAGGGUUUGGGGGGGUGGUGUUUUGUGGGUGGGGUUGGGUUGGAUUAUGGGGGUAGGGGUGGGUGGUGGUGUGGGUUGUUUGGGGUGGGGUUGUGUUGGGGGGUUGGGUAGGUUGGGGGGGUGUGGGGGGGGGGGUGGGGGGGGGUGGGGUUUGUGGGGGGUGGGGGGGGGGGGUGUUGUGGGGGUGUGGGGGGGGGGUGUGGUGGGGGGGGGUUGGGUUUGGGGUGUUGGGGUGGGGUUUGGUGGGGUGGGGGUGGGGGGUGGUGGUGGGGGGGGUUGGUUUGUGGUGGUUGGGGUGUUGGGGGGGGGGGGGGGGGGGGGGGGGGGGUGGGGGUGGGGUGGGGGGUGGGGGGGGGGGGGGUUGUUAGGGUUGGUGGGGUGGUGGUGGUGGUGUUGGUUGGUUGUUGUAGUUGGUUGUGUUGGUUUUGUUGGUUGGUUGGGUGGGUUGUGUGUUGUGUUGUGUUUGUGUUGUUGGUGGGUUGUGGGGUGUGUGGUUGGGUGGUUGUGUUGGGUUGGUGGGGGGUGGGUGUUUGGGGUGGGGGGGUUUUUGGGGGGGGGGGUGUGGUUGUGUUUGGUGUGUUGGGGGGGGGGUGUGGGUUGGGGGGGGGUGGGGUGGGGGGGGGGGGGGGGGUUGGGUUUGGGUGUUGGGGGGGUGUGUGUGGGUUGGGGGGUUUGUUGUGGGGUUUGUUUGGUUGUGUUGUGGUGGGGGGGGGGGUUUUGUUGGUUUUUUGUGGGUGGGGGGGUUGGGGAGGGGUGUUGGGGGUUGGGGUUGGUGUGGGUGUGGGUGGGGGGGGUGGUGGGGGUGGGUGGUGGGGGGGGGGGAGGUGUGGUGUUUGUUUGUGGGGGUGGUGGUUGGUUUGGGUUUUGGGGGUGUUUUUUGGGGGGGUGGGGGGUGGGGGUGUUUGGUGGGUGUUGUUGUGUGGUUGGUUGGUGGUGGGGUGGUGGGGGUUUUUGUUGGUUUGUGGUGGGGUUUGGGGGGGUGGUGGGGGGUGGUGUGUGGUUGUGGGGUGGUUUUGGUGGGUGGGGGGUUGGUUGGUGGUGGGUGUGGGUUGGGGUGUGUGGGGUGGUUGUUGGGUUUGGUGGUGGGGGGGGGGGGUGUGUGGGGGUGGGGUGGGUUGGGGGGUUGGGGGGGUGGUGUGUGGGGGGGGUGUGGGGUUGGGUGUUGGGUUGUGUGGGGGUGGUGGUGUGGUGUUUGUGGUGGGUGUUUGGGGUUUGUGGUGGUUGGUGGGGUGUGGGGGUGUGGGGGUGUUUGUUUUGUUGUGGUGUGGGUGUUUUUGUGGGGGGGGGGGGGGGGUGGUGUUGUGGGUGUUGGGGGGGGUUUGGGUGGGGGGGGUGUGGGUGGGGGUGGUUGGGGGUUGGGGUUGGGGGGGGGGGGGGUUGUGGUGGGGUGUUGUGUUGGUGUGAGGGGUGUGGGGGUGGUGUGGUGGUGUUGUUGGGGGGGGGGGGGGUUGGGGGGUGUGGUGUGGGGGGGGUGGGUGGGUGGGUUUGGUGGUUUUGGGUGUUUGGGUUGUGGGGUGGGGGGGGGGGUUUGGGGGGUGGGGGGGGGGUGGGGGGGGGGGGGGUUGUUGGUGGUUGGUGUGGGGUGGGGUGUGGGUGGUGUGUUUGGUGGUUUGUUUGUUGGGGUGUGUUGUUUUUUGUGGUGGGGGGUUGGUUGGUUUGGGGGGGUGUUGGUUGGGGUGUUGGGGGGGGUGGUGUGGUGGGUGGGUGUGGGGUGUGGGGGUGGGGUGGUGGGGUGGGGGGGGGUGGGGGGGAUGUGGGGUGGAAGAGGGUUUUAGGGGUUGUUGGGGGUGGGGGUAUGAUGGGGUUUAUAGGGGGGUUUGGGGUGGGGGGUUUUGGUUGGGGUGGUAGGGUUGUGUGGGUGUGUGUGGGAGGUGUUGUGUUAUGUGUUAUUGGGGUUGGUGGGGUGGGGUGUUGGGGAUGUUGUGUUUUGUGGUGGUUUUGUGUGUGUGAGUAUGGUGUUGGUGGGGUUUUUGUGGGGUUUGUUGGAUGUUGUUGUUUUGGUAUGUUUGUUGUGUGGGGGGUGUAUGGUUGGGUAGGUUUGGGGUGUGGGGGUUGGUGUGGGGUGGUGGGGUGGGGUGUUGUGUUGGGUGUGGGGUUGGGGUGGGUGGGGGGGGGGGGGGGGGGGGGGGGGGUUUGUGUGGAUGUGGGGGGGGGGGUGGGUGUUGGGGGUGGGGGGGUUGUGUUUGGGUGUUGGUGGGGGUUGUGGGGGUGGGUUUUGGAUGUUUUGGUUGAUUGUGUGUUUUGGUGGGGAUGGGGAAUUGGUGGUUGGGGUUUUGGGGGGUGGUGUUGGUUUUGUGGUUGGAUUGGGUGGGGUGGGGGUGGGUGGGUGGUGGGUUUGGGUGAGUGUUGGUUUUGGGUUUGGGGUUGGGUUGUUGGGUGGGUGGAUGUUUAUGGUUUGGUGUUGUUUUGGGGGUGGGGUUGGGUGGGUGGGGGUGGGGGGUGUUGGUGGGGUGGGUUUGUUUUGGUGGGUGGGUGUGUGGUUGGUGGUGUGGGGGGGGGGGGGGGGGGUGGGGUGGGGGGGGGUGGGGGGGGUUUGGGGGGUGGUGGGGGUGGUGUUUGGGUUUUUUGGUGGUGUUUGUUGGUGUUGUGGUUGGGUGGGGGGGGGGUGGGGGGGGGGGUGGGGGGGUGGGGUGGGUGGGGUGGGGGGGGUGUUGUGGGGUGGUGUGGGGGUUGUUGGGUGGGUUUUUGUGGUUGGGGUGGUUGGGGGGGGGUGGGGUGGGUUUUUGUGGUGGGGUUGUGGGGGUGUUUGGUGUUGGUUGUGUGUGGUGUGGGGGGUGGUGUGGGGUUGUUUGUGUGUGUGGGUGUGUGUGUUUGGUGUGGGUGGGGGUGGUGGGGGGGGUUUGGGGGGUGGUUGGGGUGUGGGUUGGGUGUGGGGGUGGGUUUUGGUGUGUUGUGGUGGGUGGUUUUUUGGUGGGUUUGGUUGGUGUGUGUGGUGGUGGUGGGGGGGGUGGGGGGGGGGUUGUGUUUGGGGGUUGGGGUGGUGGGGGUGUGGGUUUGGUUGUGGGGGUGGGGGGUGGGGGGGGGUGGGUGUUUGGGGGGUUGUGGGGGUGGGGUGUUGGGGGUUGGGGGGUUGGGGGGUUGGGUGUUGGGGGGUGGGGGUUGUGGGGUUGGGGGGUGGGGGUUGGGGUUGGGGGUUGGGGGGGGGGGUGGUGGGGGGUUGGGGGGUUGGGGGUUGGGGUUGGGGGGUUGGGGGUGGGGUUGGGGGUUGGGGGUUGGGGGGUUGGGUGGGUUGGGGGGUGGGGGUUGGGGGGUUGGGGGUUUUUGGGGGGGUUGGGGGGGUGGGGGGUUGGGGGGUUGGGGGUUGGGGGGUUUGGGGGGGUUGGGGGGUUGGGGGGUUGGGGGGUGGGGGUGUGUGUGGUGGUGUGUGGGUUUUGGUUGUGUGUGUGGUUUGUUUGGUUGGGUUGUGUUGUGUGGUGUGGUGGUUGGGUGUGGGUGUGGGGUGGGGGGUUUGUUGGGUUGUGGUGUGUGUUUUGGGGGUUGUUUUGUGUGUGGGGUGGUGGGUGUGGGUUGGGGUGGGGGGGGGGGGGGUUGUGGGGGUGGUGUGGUGUUGGGUGGGGUGGGGGGGUUUUGGUGGGGGGGUGGUUGGUGUGGGUGGGGGGGUGGGUGUUGGGUUGGUGUUUGUGUGGUGGGGUUUGGUGGUGGGUUUUGGUGUGGGGUUUGGUGGUGGUUUGGUGGUGGGGUUGGAGUGGGUUUGGUGGUGGGGUUUGGUUGGGGGUGGGUUUGGUGUGGGGUUGGUGUGGUUGGUGGUUGGGUUUGGUGGUGGGGUUUGGGUGGGUGGGGUUUGGUGUGGGGUUGGUUGGUGGGUGGUGGUGGGGUUUGGUUUGUGGGGUAUUUUGUUGGUGUUGGGGUGGGUGGGGUUUGUUGGGGGGGGUGGGGUUUGUGGGGUGGGGGUUGGUUGGUUGUGUGGGUGGGGUUUGGUGGGUGGGGGGGGGGGGUUGGGGGUGGGGGGGGGGGGGGUGUGUGGGGGGUGUGUUGGGUUGGGGGUGGGGGGUGGGUGGGUGGUGGUGUUUUUUGGUGGUUUUGUGUGGGGGUUGGAGGGGGGGUGUGGUGUUGUGUUGGUGGUUGGGUGUGGUGUGUGGGGUGGUGGGGUGGUGGGUGGUGGUGGGGGGUGGGUGUGUGGGGGGUUUGGUGUGAGUGUUGUGGGUUUGUGUUGUUUGUGUUUGUUAUGUUUUUUGGGGUUUUUGGGGGGUGUUUGGGGGGUGGGUGGGGUUGGUGGUUGUUGGGUUGGGGGGGGGUGGGUUUGGGUGUUGGUUUUGGGGUUGGUGGGGUGUUGGUGGGGGGGUUGGUGGGGGGUGUGUGGGGGGGGGUUUGGUGGUGUGGUGGGGUGUGGGGUGGGGGGUGUGGUUUGUUGGGGGGGUGUUUGGGGUGGGGGGGGGUUUGGGGGGGGGUUGGGGUGGUGUUGGGGGGUGUGUGGUGUGGUGUGGGGUGGGGGGGGGGGGUGUUUGGGUGGGGGGGGUGGGGGGGUGGGUGGGGGUUGGGUGGGGGGGGGGGGUGGGGUGGUGGGGGGGUGUGGGGGUUGGGGGGGUUGUGGGUGGGGUGGGUUGUGGUGGGGGUGGUGGUGGUGGUGUGGGGGUGGGGGGUUUGGGGUGUGUGUGGUUGGUUUUGGGUGUGGGGUGGGGGUGUGGGUGGUUUGUGUUUGGGGUGGGGGGGGGGGGUUGGUUGGUUGUUGGGGUGGUUUUGGGGGUUGGGUGGUGUUUGGGUUUUUGGUGUGGUGUUGUUUGGGGGGGGUGGGGGGUGGGGGGUUGUUGGGUGGGGUGGUUUUUUGGGUGUUGGGUGGUUGUGUGGUGUUGUGGGUGGGGUGGGGGUGGGGGGGGGGGGGUGGGGUGGUGGUGGGGUGUGGGUGGGGGGGUGGGGUGGGGGGGGGGGGGGGGGGUGGGGGGUGGGGGGGGGUGGGGGGGUGGUUGGGGGGGGGUGUGUUUUGGGUUGGUUGUUGGGGUGUAUUGAAUGUUGGAUUGGGUUGGGGGGGUUGGGGGGUUGGGGGGUGGGGGUGGGUGGGGGUGUUGGGGGGGUGGGUGUUGGGGGGUUUUUGUGGGGGGGUGUGGGUGGGGGGGGUUGGGGGUGGGGGUGGGGGUUGUUGUGGUUUGGGGUGGGGGGGGGGGGGUUGGGGGGUGGGGGGGGGGUUUGGUGGGGGGGUGGUUGGGUGUUGGUGGGGGGGGGGGGGGGUGGUGUGUGGGUGUUGGGGUUUUUUUUUAGGGUGGGUGUGUUGGUGGGGUUUGGGGUUGUGUUGUUUGGGUUUGGGUGUGGUGGGGGUUGGUGUGGUGUGGGGGGGUGGGUGGGGGUGGGGUUGGGUUUGGGUGGGGUGGGGUGGGUUGGGGGGGGGGGGGGUGGUGGUUGGUGUUGGUGGUUGUGGGGGGGGUGUUUAAUGGGGGGUGGUGGGGGUUGGUGGGGGGGGGGGUUGGUGGGUGGGUGUGGUUGUUGGUUGGGGUUGGGGGGUUGGUUUGGGUGUGGGGGUUUGGGGUGGUUUUUGUUUGUGGGGGGGUGGGUGGUGUGGGGUGUGUUGUGGUGUGGUUGUGUGGUUGUGUUGGGGGGGGGGGGUUUGUGGGGGGGUGGGGUGGGUGUUGUUGGGUGGGGGUGGUGGGUGUGGUUUGGGGGGGGUGUGGGGGGUGGGGGGGUGUGUGUGUGGAGUGGGGGGUGGGGGGGGGGUGGGGGGGGGGUUGGUGGGGGGUGGUGUGGGUGUGGGUUUGGGGGGGGGGGGGUGGUGGUUUGGGGUGGGUGGGUUUUUUUUUGUUGGGUGGUGGUGUGGUGGGGGGUGGGGGGGUGGGUGGUUGGUUGGGGUGUGUGGGGGUGUGGGGGUGGUGGGUGGGGGGGUUGUAGGGGUGUGUGUGGUGGUGUGUUGGGGUUUUGGGGGGGGGGGGUGGGGUGGGGUUGGGGGUGGGGGUUGGGGGGUGGGGGGGGGGGGUUUGUUGGUUGUUGGGUGUGUUGGGUGGGGGGGUGUGGUGGGUGUUUGGGUUGUUGGGGUUUUUGGUGGGUGGGGGGGGGUGUGGUUUUGUGUUUUUGGGUGUGGUUUUUUGUUGUGUGGGGUGGGUGUGGGUGGUUGGGGUGGUGUGGUGGUUGUGUGGUGUGUGUUGGGGGGGGGGGGGGGGGUUUGUGGGGGGGGUGGGGUGGGUUUGUUGGGGUGGGGGGGGUGGUGUGGGGUGGUUGGGGGGGGGUGGGGGGUGGGGGGGGUUGGGGUUUGGGGGGGUGUGUUGUGGUGGGUGUGUGUUUUGGGGGUUGGGUGGUGGGUGUGUGUUGGGGGUGGGUUUGGUGUGUGGGUGGGUGGGGGGGGUGGUGGGGGGGUGUGUGGGUGGUGGGGGGGUGGGGUGGUGGGGGGGUGUGGGGUGGUGUGUGUUUGUGGGGGUUGGUGGGGGUGUGUGGGGGGGGGUUGGUGGGGGGGGGGGGGUGUUUUUGUGGGGUGGGGGGGGGGGGGGGGGGGGGGGGGGUUGGUGGGGGUGGUUGUGGGUGUGGGGUUUUUGGGGGGGGGGUGGGUUGGGGGGGGGGGGUGGGUGGGGGGGGGGUUGGGGGGUGGGGGUGGUUGGGGUGGGGUUGGUGUGGGUGGGGUGGGGGGGGGUGGGUGGGAGUGGUGUGGUGUGUGGGUGGUUGA